UCUAGUGUGUAUCUAAUGCUUAUAGUUGGAGUAAGACCAAUUUCUUUCUUAUUAUUAUUUUUUUAGAUUGACAAAACUAUAGAUAUAAUCAGAGUUUCACAAACUUGUAAAAUAAUCAAGUGUGCAAUAAAUAUGGUAAAAUUACCAUCUUUCAAGAAGUAAAGAUCAAAAUUCGGUAAAUAUUAGUAACUAUAUUUUCCUUAUAUUAUAAAGCUUAUCCCACUGUCUAUAUACAUAAAAAAAAAAAAAAAAAAAACUUAUUAUCAUCAUAUUUGAUUUAAAGUAAAAAAAUAAAAGUUACCCAAAAUGGCUAAAAGUUACAUUUCAAUAUACAAUAAUUUGGUAAAUCGGAUAUAAACAAAAGUUUUUCAGAGUUUUUAGAUAAGAAUACAUAGUUUGGUUUUUAAAUCAACAACUAACGCCAUAAACGCACGCCCAUCAAAAUAUAAUUAUUAGAAGAAAAAAAAAAUGAGUACUCCACUUUCAAGAAAAAUAACUAACCUUCUUCUUAAAAAAAAUUAAAAAAGAAAUUAAGUAACCAAUUUUUUAUUUUUAUUUUCAAAAUAGUACUUUUCUGAGGCCUAGUCAACCAAAUAUCCUAUUCUUCUGUACCAAUGGCUUAUUAAAAUCCCAAUAAAAUAGUAUGAUUAUGUGCCAAGUCAACCAAUUCACUUAAUAAAUUCCUAAAAUCAUUGAGAUAUCCCUUGUAUUUAUAUACUGUUUUAGCUGCAUUCUUAUAAGUUCACACUCCCAUCACCUAAAAAUCAUUCAACUCAUAAAACACUAAAUCAAAAAAUCAUAUUAGUAGAAUAGUAGAGAGAAUUAAAAAACCUAGAAAGCAGACAAGAAAUAGUAAAAAUGGAAAGCACUAAGAGUGAUGACAUUAGCAAUUGGCUUCCAAUUACGGCGAACCGUAAAGGGAAUUGGUGGUUCGCUGCCAUUCAUAAUGUUACUGGUAUGGUUGGUGCUGGUAUUCUCGGUUUACCCUAUGGUUUGUCUCAACUCGGAUGGGGUCCAGGUGUGACGUUAUUAUUUCUGUCAUGGGCUAUAACGCUAUACACACUAUGGCAAAUGAUUGAAAUGCAUGAGAUUGUGCCGGGAAAGAGGUUUGAUAGGUAUCACGAAUUGGGGCAAUAUGCAUUUGGAGAGAAACUCGGAUUAUAUCUUAUUGUUCCACAACAGCUUAUGGUUCAAGUUGGAUGUGAUAUAGUCUUUAUGCUCACGGGAGGGAGUUCACUCAUGAAAUUCUAUAAUAUUGUUUAUCCGAGUGGACCACCGGUCAAGCUUCCUUACUUUAUCAUGAUGUAUGCGUCCGUUCAAUUUUUCUUGUCUAAUUUACCAGACUUCAACUCCAUUGCCGGUGUCUCUCUCGCUGCGGCUGUUAUGUCUUUGACAUAUUCUGCAAUCGCUUGGAUAGCUUCAUUGAUAAAAGGAGUACAACCAGACAUAAGUUAUGGGAAUAGGUAUAACACUGAUGCGGGACAAAUAUUUGGUUUUUUAAGUGGAUUGGGGACUGUUGCAUUUGCCUUUUCUGGGCAUAAUAUAGUGCUAGAGAUUCAAGCAACAAUGCCUUCCACUACAGAAAAACCAUCUAAAAUAGACAUGUGGAAAGGGUCUCUUAUCGCUUAUAUAGUUGUGGCAUUAUGUGAUUUUCCAGUGGCUAUUUUUGGUUAUCUAGUGUUUGGAAGGCAUGUUAAUGAUAAUGUUAUGAUCUCCCUUGAGAAGCCUGGUUGGCUUAUUGCCGCUGCCAAUAUAUUUGUUGUCAUACAUGUCAUUGGGAGCUAUCAAGUUUUCGCAAUGCCAGUUUUUGACAUGCUCGAAUCAUUUUUGGUGUUGAAAAUGAAAUGCAAACCUAGUAGUGCGCUUCGCCUUAUGACUCGUACUACAUAUGUCGGAAUUACCAUGUUCAUCGCUAUAGCAUUUCCAUUCUUUGGCUCCCUUUUAGGAGUUUUGGGAGGAGUUGCUUUUGCACCAACCUCAUUUUAUAUUCCUUGUAUAAUAUGGCUAAUAAUAUGCAAACCAAAAAGAUACAGUUUAUCCUGGUUUCUCAAUUGGACUUUCAUCAUAUUUGGCGUAAUGUUGACUAUUUUAGCUCCUAUAGGAGCUAUAAGGGACAUAAUUGUUCAAUGCCAUACGUAUAAAUUCUUCGCUUGAUCACUACUUAUUAUUAGGGGUGAUGGGACGAUCAUAGGUUUUUUAAUUAGGUUUUCAAUUAAUUUAAAAGUAGAUCUUGUUGAGACUCUAGUGUAAUAGACAGACAUUAUGUAUCCUCAAUUAAACUAUGAAGAACGAUGGACUAUUAGGAUUUUCUAGCAUAAUUAGAGCACCCAAAUUAUUCUAUUGUGGAGGAUGAUUCCUCAUAUCCAUAUUUGUCAUAUUGGUGAAUCGCUUCCACCUAAUGCCAAAUACUAAGGGGCCGUUUGAUUUACACAGGGUAAACGGAAUGGAAUAAACAAAGGGAAUGGAAAAGAAAGGAAUGAAAUCACCUUAAAUUUUCUAUAUUGUUUGUUUUAAAAACAAAGGGAAACACUGCCACCUAUCCAACCACCACCACAUAACUACCUAAUUGCUUCACUUCCCACCAUUUCCAGCUACCCCACCACUCGCCACCCUUUGCCGCACUUCCCCCGUCCCUCGCCGCCGCUCCCCGUGUAAACCCCGCAAAACCCUAGAAACAAUUCCCUCUCCCCGUAAAACUAUCGGUCGGCUCUCUCACCACCCUCGAAACCCCGUGCAAACCCCACCACUUCUUAAUCUUCCUCCUCUCCCACCACCACCAUCGUCUUCCACUUCAAGAAAUAGGCUGAUUUUCGACGGACUGUU